AUGACGAAGCAAACGUCAAGAGUCCUUGCCGACAGAAUCGCCAACGCAACUUGGGAACAACACCGCGAGACCAUCAACCGCCUCUUCAUCCUUCAGAAUCGCAAACUCGAAGGGCCUGAAGGCGUGAUACAGGUGAUGUCCAAAGUCCAUGGCUUCCGUGCCACCAAGCCGCAGUAUGAAGCCCGUUUGCGGUCUUGGAAUAUUCGGAAGAAGAUUACAGAUCGAGAGUGGAUUGUUAUUCUCUUACAUGUACAUGCGAGGGCACAGCAUGGCAAAAAGACUCUUGUCAUAUUUAACGGUGCGCUUCUUAACGAGGAACGGGUUGCGAGGGAAAUCAAUCGACGCCUCUCAAGAUACAACAGUCAUCUGAACAACUUACAAGACCUUCCCAAGGUACCCCUAGGCUUCAGGUUGCAAUCCCCAUCAAGUGCUGCCGUCCCGUAUGCGGAUAAUCCCAUAUCCGGUCACAACCCUACAGGCUGCGUAGAUCUAUAUCUCAAGCCCGCAAUCGUAACUGUAGCCGAUGAUUGGUUUAUUUGCGGACAAGAUUCACAAUUGAGUCUUUCUCUGUUUACACUGACUUCAUCCGACACAACUUGGAGGCACAGAAUUGCACCGGAACGAUACGGGAAGCAACAACGAAAUAUACUUGAGAAGCAAUUUGACAAGAGUCUGAACUUCCAUCCGUCAUGCAUGGAUGACAUCGCCAAUGAAAAUGUUGCGGAUGAGCUAGGAAAUAUGGAUACGACAAUGGUUUCUUAUGGGGCUACAAUGGUACAGUAA